CUCCCUCUUCUUCUUAUUGUAACUUGACCUUGCAUACAAUCUUCUCCGACGAUGAACGUCUUGCGCAAGAUUGGAAAUUUGGUAGCCCCGCCUCCUCAAAAAGCUGAAGAUGGUCGCGAUCAAUGGCCCUCACGAACAGCCUACCUCCUCGCCUCGUGCGGUGGCGCAGUUGGAAUGGGAAACAUGCUGCGGUAUCCAUCUCAAGUCUAUAACAACAACGGCCUGCAAUGGUUCGUGCCAUACCUAAUGGCCGUCUUCCUCCUCGCCAUUCCCGCCAUGGCCCUUGAAAUUGCCGCAGGGAAUGCUUAUCGCGGCGGAACCGUGGUGGCGUACAAGUCAGUUAGUCGACGGAUGAAAGGAAUCGGCUUUUCGCUGAAUUAUGUCGGUUUCGUCGUCGUUAUAUACUUCGUGCCGAUUCUGUCUUGGGCUAUGGUUUACUUCCAGAAGUCUUUUACAAACAACUUGCCUUGGGCUGGUGAUACGGAGAAUUGGUUCAUGUAUGAGGCUGUUGGUGCCGUUGACCCUGAUACGUCUGGUCGGUGGGUUGUAUAUCCCGGUGUCUCACUCAACGGUCGUCUUGUCGGCUGGAACGCUUUUACCUGGUUCGCAGUCUGGCUCUGCAUGUUUCGAGGAGUCGGCCUUACCGGACGCGUCGUCUACUUCACCAUGGGCCUGCCGGUCAUAAUGGGUAUCCUACUUAUUGGACGUGGUGUAUCACUACCCAACGCCAACGAGGGUAUCAAGCUCUAUUUUGCUAGCUGGCAUAGCUCAAAACUUGCUGGGACUAGAAUUUGGCGUGAUGCUGUCGGCCAAGUCUUCUUUUCGACGGAGUCGGGUUCGGAUACUGCACAGCUCAUUAUUGUUCUGUUUAACUCUGCUUUCGAGGCCCUGGUUGCUUUCGCCGUUUUCGGUAUCAUUGGGUAUCUCGGCAUGCGUCCUGAAGAGACUGGUGAGAUUGGAAGUUAUGGGCUCGGCUUCAUGACGUAUCCUGAGGCCUUUGUCGAGAUGCCUGCUUCGGGCUUCUUUUCCGUCAUUUUCUUCUUCACCAUUAUGCUACUCGGUAUCAGCUCGUCCUUUGCUACGCUGGAUGCAGUCAUGACGUUGAUCCUCGAUUCUCCAUUUGCCAGAAACUGGAGUCGCCCUUGGGUCGCCACCACCAUGGUGACGAUUUGCUUCCUUCUUUCGCUUCCUCACUGCGCCCAGUUUGGUUACUUCUUUAUGGAUGGAAUUGACCGAUGGAUCAAUAAUAUUGGCCUCGUUUUCGUCGUUUGGGCGGAAUGUGUUGGUGCGACUACUCUAUAUCGAUUCGAGGAUGUUGUUGGUCAGGUUGGAAUGCCUUCAUUCGCCUUAUACAAUAUUGGUUUUCUGGGUGGUCAGCUACUGGGUAUCAUUAUCGGUCACACUGCGACUCCUUGGGCUGGUGCUAUUGCCGGCUUCGGGCUCUAUUUUAUUUGCCUCGCUGCUUCAUUGAUCUUUGCAAGAACACCAGACGCACACGGUGCACCGAGAUUACUAUCCAGCAACAAGCUGAUCUCCGUCCUUUACUACGUUGCCUUUUACUCGGGCAACCAGCUAAGACACGAUCUCAACUCAGUCAUCGGCAAUGGUAAAAACUGGUCCCUCCCAUUCUUCUGGGCACCAAUGCUACGGUACGUCUCGGGACCGAUCCUGGCUAUCAUCUUCAGCUUGGCCUACCCCAGCUUCGAGGAAGUCAAGAACGACCCUCUAUACAUCCUUGGCUUCAUCGUCGCGCAUCUGUUACUUGUCUGGUGUGUGAUUGGUUUUGUCUUCUCCAGGUGGUUCAACAUAUUUAUUAUCCCUGAGCGUCGUGAUGACUGGAAGCAACCGUAUGCUCCCAAUGUCCUUCGAGGGACAACUGAAGGCGAGGACGCGACCAAAGCAGAGACUGGUGUGUCAAACAAAGGUGUUAAGGCAUGA